AUGGAGCGUGGAGAUGGCAACGGCGGGGAAUCCGUUAGUAGAGAGUACGCGGGUGGAGAGACCCGAGGAAAGAUAUGUAUCGAGUAUACAGGGGUUCUGUGCGGAGUGGCGCCAGAACUUCAUGCCAUUCCAGUCUCCCGGAGGUGGGGAAAGACGCUGAAGCGUGAGAGCCAAUCCGCAGAGGCAGAGUCUGCUGACUAUGAGGAGGUCCCACAGAGGACAGCGGUGCAGCCUUAUGCAGAGUCCAUUGGGGACGAAGUCGAGGGGAUGCAGUAA